AAACCAUUGAUUGAUAGUGGUACAUUAGGUACAAAAGUAAGUGUUCAGGUUAUUGUUCCAUUUCGUACUGAAUCCUAUUUAUAAAGCAAUGAUCCAUUUGAUUCAUCAGUAGCAAUGAGUAUUUUACGUAAUUUUCCAAAUUUAAUUGAACAUACAAUUGAAUGGGUACGUGAUAAUUUUGCUGGUCUCUUUACAAUUCCUCCUCAAUGA